AUGCUUGGUCUUCGGGCGCCAUUCCGACACCUACGAAGUUCUUCCUCUGCUCUAUCUCGUCUUACUGCCGCUUCUUCGCAGUCAUUGUGGCAAGAUGUAUACAAUCUGGACGCUACACAAUGUCAUGACUCUUUGGUAAAUGAAGAAGAUUUGCAGAUUAUGCUGGACGUCAUUACGGAGGACGAAGAGCUGGUGGUAGCUGACGAAUGCUCGCGCUUCUUAAAGCGUCGCCGCUACGAGAAGAACCAUUGGGACAAUGUUAUUGUCAAGUUUAAGGAAAUGGAAUGCUCACGCUGGUCUAAUGAGACGUUACGCAUUUUGCAGAAGAUCCGCGAGGCUGUCAUCCUGCCCAAAGAACUCAAGUACUUUCCAGCUGUACAUGUGAUUGAAUUGGCAGAAGAUGGAUACAUUAAACCACACAUUGAUUCUAUCAAGUUUUCUGGUCGUGUGGUGGCUGGUGUAAAUCUUCUAUCUCCUUGUGUCAUGAGGCUCAAAGAAGAGCAUGGACAUUCGGUCAUUGAUGCCUAUCUCCAACGGCGCUCCAUGUACAUGAUGACUGGGAGGAUUCGGUAUCACUACACUCAUGAGAUCAUACCGGGUAUCCAGAUGUUCAAAGGUCAAGUGCCCGUGAACCGCACACAUCGCAUUUCUAUCAUGCUACGUGAUGAGUAUUUGGAAGAACACGUCGCCAAGUAUCACAAACUAUACGCAAAACCAGACACUAAGAUGCAGUGA